CAGGCGAGGCGAGGCGAGGCGAGGCGGGGCGGGCGGCAGAGGGGACAAGAUCCGGGCAGGAGGGCAGCGGGCAGCCGGGACAGCCCCGCGCACGCACAGGAUGCUGUCGUGGCGGCUGCAGACGGGCUCCGAAAAGGCCGAGCUGCAGGAGCUCAACGCCCGGCUCUAUGACUACGUGAGCCGGGUGCGGGAGCUGGAGCGCGAGAACCAGCUGCUGGAGGCGCAGCUGCGCGGCCGGCGCGGCGAGGAGCGCCUGUGGGCCGAGGGCCAGGCGCGCUUCGCGGAGGAGGCGCGCGGCCUGCGGCCCCGCCGCGCCCCCGCCGCGCCUGCGGGAGGUGCACGACAGCUACCAGCUGCUGGUGGCCGAGUCGUGGCGGGAGACGGUGCGGCUGUACGAGGACGAGGUGCGCGAGCUGGAAGAGGCGCUGCGGCGGGGCCAGGAGAGCCGGCGAGAGGCAGAGGAGGAGGCGCGGCUGUGCGCGCAGGAGGCCCAGGCGCUGCAGCGCCAGGCACUGGAGCUGGAGCAGCUGCGCGCGCGGCUGGAGGAUGAGCUGCAGCGGGUGCAAGAGGAGUACGGGCUGCAGGCCGAGGAGCGGCAGAGGCUGAUCGACUGCCUGGAGGAUGAGAAGGAAGCCCUCACCUUGGCCAUGGCUGAGCGAUUGCGGGAUUAUCAGGAGCUUGUGCAGGUGAAGACGGGUCUCAGCCUGGAGGUGGCGACCUAUAGGGCUUUACUGGAAGGAGAAAGUAAUCCAGAGAUAUUAAUCUGGACUGAGGAAGUUGAAAACAGGCCACAAGAUAUCAGAAACACAUCCUAUCGAUAUACUGACUCAGUAUUACAGAGGAAAAAUGAAAAAAAUCUAUUUCCAAAGCAGAAAGCCCCUUUGGUGGGUUUACAUCACAUCCCAGCUAUGUAUUCUAAUGGGCACCUUGGGUCUCAGAGAACAAUAUCUAUUGGAAGUACUGCCAGAGGAGGGUUCCUGGCCAGGGGAUCUUCUACCUCAGCCACCACCCAGCAUGAAGACGUUUAUGAGAAAGCUGUCAACAGUCAAACCAAUUUCCGAACUUUCUCUCCAACCCGAGGUCUUGUAAGAAAUACCGAUGCUCACGUGAGGACAUUCCCUGAUAGACCGAAAACUGAAGGUACAAGGGAUGCCCCCACGUACUUGACCAAAGGUUCCACCAUCACCCAAGAGGCAUGCCGAGACCGCUGGGACAACGUCAGGGCAGAUGCUUUGGCAAGCACUCGGUCAAAUGAGAGGACCGUCAUUUGGGAAAAGAAAACAGAAGCGAAAGCCACAAGGGAGCAAGAGAGAGGGAGCACGGGAACCAUCCAAAUGAAGCCGGAAGAGAAAAUAUUUGACUCAAAAGAGAAAGCCUCAGAGGAAAGAAACUUAAGAUGGGAGGAAUUGACAAAGUUGGAUAAAGAAACAAGGAAGAGAGAGAGCCAGAAAAUGAGGGAGCAGGCCAAAGGGCAGGAAUCUCAGAAGGGGGAGAGUGUGAAAGAAAGGGAGAUACCCGUUAGGCUAGAAGUAUCCCAGAGCAGCAGGUCCGAGACGUCCCCGAAAGACAGACAGACACCUGGAGAGAAGGAUACCAGUGAUAGCAAGGGUAGCAAAGCAGUAACAAAAGAGACCAGGUUCAGGCUGGACACCAGCGACACAGCUAGUGUACUGCGGGGUGACUCCACGACAGAAACCAUAGCAGAAAACAUUGUUACCAGUAUCCUUCAGCAGUUUACCCAGUCUCCCGAGGGGGAAGCAUCUGCCAACUCUUUCCCAGAUACAAAAGUCACUUACAUGGACAGGAAAGAGCUUCCGGGUGAAAGGGCAACAAAGACAGAGAUAGUCGUGGAAUCUAAACUGACAGAAGACAUCGAUGUUUCUGAUGAAGCCAGGCUAGACUACCUCUUAAGCAAGGAUGUCAAGGAAGUGGGCCUGAAAGGGAAAUCAGCAGAGCAGAUGAUAGGAGACAUAAUCAACCUUGGUCUGAAAGGAAGAGAGGGGAAGGCAAAGGUCGUCAAUGUGGAGAUUGUGGAAGAGCCCAUGAGCUACGUAGGUGGCAGGAGGCCGGAGGAGUUCUCCACCCCCUUCCAGGUGGAGGAGGCUGAUGAUAUGUCUCCCAGCUCCAGGGGGCUUGUUGAGGAAGAGGAAGGUGACGGAGAAACCCAUGUCACAUUCUCAGCUAAUCGGCCUCAAAGGACCAGGCCAGCCCGGGAGAACAUCACUCAUGUGGAGGAAGUGAUGGAGGCAGGUGACUCAGAGGGAGAGCAGAGUUAUUUCGUGUCAACCCCGGAUGAGUACCCGGUGGGGCACGACAGAGAGGAUGAAGGCUCAGUCUACGGGCAGAUCCACAUCGAAGAAGAGUCCACCAUCAGGUACUCCUGGCAAGAUGAAAUUGUGCAGGGGACUUGGAGAAGGAGAAACAGGGACAGUGAGGCAGGAGAGAAGGACGUGAAGGACGUAGGUGCUCCAGCACAUUCCCUGGGGGCUGACAUGGGUUCUGCCCAUUGGAAGGAGGAAGCGAGUGGUGAAUUUCAUGCUGAACCCACAGUCAUUGAAAAAGAAAUCAAAAUACCCCAUGAAUUCCAAACCUCCAUCAGGGGCACCUUCUCCAAGGAGCCCCGAGAGCAGCUGGCAGAGGUCAUUGGGAAGCUGGAGGAAACCCUCCCAGAGCGCAUGAAGGAAGAACUGUCCGCCCUGACCAGAGAGGGCCAGCACGAGCCAGGGAGCGUCUCAGUUGAUGUAAAGAAACUCCAGAACACGGACAGCAGUUCCGUGACCCUAGUGGCUGAGGUCAACCUCUCCCAAACCGUGGAUGCUGAUCAGUUAGACCUGGAGGAGCUAAGCAGAGACGAAGCCGAGGAAAUAGAGAAAGCAGUGGAGUCGGUGGUACGAGACAGCCUGGCCAAGAGACAUGGCCAAGGGCCUGGUAGUCCGGACAGGGAAGGUGGAGUGGAGGUGCCCAGUGGUAGCAUUUCCUUCAAGCGCUGGGCCACUACGGAACUGUACAGCCCAGCUGGUGAGAGGGAUGAUGCCGGCCAGGCCUCUCACAGCCCAGAAGAGCCCACUGCCCAGGGCCCGGUGUUGGCCACGGUGGAAGUCAGCAGCCCAAGCGGCUUCCUGCAGUCGCAUGUGCUGGAGGAGGUGAGCCCAUCUGUGAGGCACAUUAAACUGGGGCCCACUGAAAUCUGGAGGACUGAGCAAGUCUCCUACGGAGGACCCACUGCAGAGACACUGGAGGUAAGUGAGGACCAAGGUCAGGCAGCCAGCAUGCCAGGAGCCAGCCGGUCUGAGAGGCACCUUACCAUGGGUCCCAGUCAAAGUCAAGUGCCCACCGAAGUCAUCUUCCAAGGCCCAGUCCCUGCCUGGCAGGAGGCGGAGGGUGCAGAAGAGCCCAGCCCGGCAGAGCUGUCCACAGACAUGGACAGAUCGGCGAGGCACAGCACAUUUGGUGCCAAGCAGUUUCAUGCUGAAAAGGAAAUUAGUUUUCAGGGUCCCGUUUCCGGGGCAGUGCGGGCUGGUGAUUAUUUUGCAACUGAGGAGUCAGGGGGCACCCAGAUUUCUGUAAGGCACCUCCAGUUAAGCCCAAAAGAAGGGUUCAGGGAACCAAUCCAGUUUAUAGUGCCCCCCACAGAAGAAGCAGAGGGGGCCAUCAGGGGGGAUUCUGAGCACACCAAAGAGCUGCCGGAGCCCACCACCGAGCAGGGAGUUUCCCAAUCCAUGGUGUUCAGCAGCUCGGAAGGCCCUAUGUACAGUGAUGGCUCAGCAGAUGUGACCCAGGCCACUCACAGUUACACUUCAGGUAGAAAAAUCCUCAUGACUGAAAAGAGCACAUUCCAAAGGGUGGUUUCUGAAUCACCUCAGGAGCAUAAUGCAGGGGACGUGUCAGGGGCAGAAAUGACAUCAGGGGUUAGCAGAUCCUUCAGGCACAUCCAGCUAGGGCCUACAGAGACCAAAACCUCUGAACACAUUGUCAUCCAUGGACCCAUGUCCAGAACAUUUGCACUUGCUGGUUCACAGGACCCCCCUGAGCUAGGUGAGCCAGCCAACAGCAGCAGAACCCUAGGACACCUUGCCCUGGGGCCCAAAGAAACUUCCUUUACCUUUCAGAUGGAUGUGAGUAGCACAAAGGCUACUCCCACCUGGACACAAGAGGCAGGGGCGGAAGCGGAAGCUCACAGUGUGUCUGACCAUGGCGCCUGGAGAGACACUGGCAGCAGGAAGGACCGGGCAGCUGGCGUGAGCUCCCAGGCCUCUGCUGUGGAUAGAGGGCAGGCCCCCAGAGAGGAGGGCACGGAGCAAGCUGGGUUUGAUAGGACGGUGCAGCUGCAGAGAAUGGUAGACCAGAGGUCAGUGGUUUCAGAUGAAAAGAAAGUUGCUCUCCUCUAUCUAGACAGUGAGGAGGAGGAGAGUGACGGACAUUGGUUUUGAUAAGCAGAGAUGUUUCAUCUGCAGUGGCAUUCUGUUUGCUAACCACCAACAUGCAAAGGCCUUAUUUUGUGGAGUAGGGGAGGCUCAUCUCAAAGCCUCCUGCUUUCCUUUCAUCAGAGAACUCCAGGCAAUGUUAAUAUACUUGAAUCUAUAAAGGUUUCAGGUUAAUUCAUGCCUUUAAAGGCUUGGGAGUUCUGUCUUUCUGAGUUGGGAGUUUUACAAAAACACUGUGUAUCUUUUUAGUCUUAGAAAGUUCCUUUGUCUGAAGUUUCCUCUCCAUUUGUGGAGGCAAUUUCUACCAGUUUUGCACCCGGUCACAAACAUGGCUUGCAUCCGUUUGAAACUAUGAUUAAUUACCAAGCAGCAAGAUGCUUAAACAUUAAUCAGAAUAAUAUAUUGAAGAACACAUUUUGUGUGCAUGUGCUAAUGCGAAAUAACAAACUAAUAUUGUGAGAAAAAUACAUUUUUCUCUUUCCAAAGUCUUUCCAAGACUAUUAAAAAAAAAAAAAACUGAAUGAUUUCAUCUUUAGGAAAAAAUUCCUUAUUACAGAGUGAAAUUCCUUUCAGUGCUUGAAUGAAUUGCUUUCUGUGUGUAGAACUUUAAAAAAUAUCACAUCUUAUUUAUGGAGAGGAUUCCAAAUCAGCAUGCCUGCUGUGUUUGCACAGGUUUCCCGCACUGGGCCCAUGGGUGAGGGGAAUGAAGAUCAGGAAUUGCUAACAGCGCUGUUUCUUUUGUGCAGUACUAGGUCAUGAGGUAGCGCUCAGUCUGAAUAUUCUGUUUUGUUAUUGCCUAAGCUCGGGAGCAGCCAGCUCCUGUCAGAACCCCUAUCCUUGAGCUUCUCUGCGCCUUCACCCUUAGCCGCAGGAUGUUCAGUUUCACUGGUAGGAAGCAGAUUCUACAGACAACAAAGGAUACGUUGAACUCAGAGCGCAGCAGGUUGGUCGUGGCGGGAAAACCAGCAACACGCAGUGGACUUUGCCUCCCAAAGAUGCUCCUGUCCCCACCACUCAUGGAUCAGAGGUCCUUCCGAGCUCAGAAUGAA